UUAACGACUAACUACCAUGGUUUCUGUGCGCUUUCCAUUCUUGUUUUCUCAGCCGCCAAAGCCCCCUAAUAACAAUGACAGGGCUCCCUCCAGGUCUUUCUCCGCCACCUCCGCCGUGGCUGCCGUCGCUGGUUCCGGCAUUGCCGUCGGCGUCACGGUCUCUCACAACCCCACAAACCCGUUUCUCCAAAAAGCUUUGAAUUUUUGGGCCUCCAGUUUCUCACCAAACAACAAUCACUCCUCUCCCAUAUGGGGUUCAAUCUCUCUGGAUUGCAACCCAUCUAUGGAUCCCGAAUCAAAGACGUUUCCAUCCAUUCUGAAAGAUUCUCAGCGGCUUCUUGGAAUUGGGCGGGAAAAGAGUGUGUUGGGUUUGAAAUUUGGUGUUUAUGUUAACAAUGAUGAUGUUAAAAAAAUUCUGGGCGAGAAAUAUGGGGAACUAUCGGCUUCUGAACUGAAUAAACUCAAGAAGUUCAAUGAAGAUCUCAUGGAAAAUGAUAUAAAUAUGACAGUUAGACUUCAAAUAGAUGUUGAAAGAUUAAGCAUUCGUUCUGUACGUAAUGCUUUCAAAGAGUCUGUAGGAAGCAGGCUGCAAAAGUUUGGGGGAUCAAAAAACAAAGAAUUGCUUCAAAAAUUCACCUCCCACUUUAAAGAUGAAUACAAACUACCUCGGGGAUCAAUUAUAGAUCUCUCAAGGGAACAGGGUCACAUACUUCGCACCACAAUUGAUGGGAAAGUGGUGGGAAGUAUCCAAAGCAAACUCCUAUGCCGGUCAAUAUUAGAUCUAUAUAUUGGUAACGAUCCAUUCGAUCGACAAGCCAGAGAGAUUUUAUCUCCUUCAAAAGUAGGUCUCUGAUCAUUGAAAAUCUGUGAUCCGCGUAUCCACAUGAGAAAUUUUAUCUUCACCAUUAAAAUUGUAUCUGGUUAAAUUUUAUCAUGGAUAAUGUGUUACAUUUCAAUAUUUUAUUAUUUUAAUGUGUUCUUAUUUACAUUUCAAUUUUAUCUUCACCAUUAAAAAGUGCUUGAAAAAAAAGGAUAGAUUAUGUUACUGCUUGGCUGAAGUAUUUGUCAAAUGAUCUUCUUAAGGGUCCAGGGAUGGGGUUAUAUUAAUGAGCUACUGCUUAAUAUGGUGUAUUUCAUCAAUGGUAAAAUGUCUAUCACUUUUU